GCCAGAGGGGCCUCAGUGCCCGUACGUACAGACGGGUAGUUGCGAUGCGUAUCCAGUAUGGACCAUGCAGCCAGUCAUAGCUGCCACCUUCUCCAACAGCUGCAUGAACAGCGGAUCCAGGGACUGCUAUGCGACUGUAUGCUUGUGGUGAAAGGUGUCUGUUUUAAAGCACAUAAAAAUGUCUUGGCUGCAUUUAGCCAGUACUUCAGGUCAUUGUUCCAGAAUGCUUCAAGUCAGAAAAAUGAUAUCUUUCAUUUGGAUAUUAAAAAUAUUGGGGGUAUUGGACAAAUUCUCGACUUCAUGUACACCUCUCGCCUGGACCUGAAUAAUGACAACAUACAAGUUAUGUUGGACGUUGCGCAGUGUCUUCAAGUGCAAAAUGUACUCAACAUGUGCUAUAGCUUCUUAAAACUGACCAACUCUGUGGGCCCAGUGACGUCUAUACCAUGCAGUGGUUCUUUGCCUCUCCCCAGCACCUCCCCUACGUACUCUAAUUCUGUAUCAAAUGAGCAGCUCAGCCCUCCAUUACUCCAGGACAGUGUAACGGAAGAGAGGCAUUGCUGCUUAGCGCAAACCCUUAAGGAGAGCGCCUCCUCAAAUGAGGUGUCAAAAGUUGCAUCAACUCCUUUAAACGCACCUGACAAAGAAAUUCAACUGAAACACUUAAAUCAACCCUAUAAGUUGCGGGACUUUUACAGCAAGCUUUUCUACAAGGAAAAUGCUGAUAGAGCAAUGGAACAGGUUGCGGGGUCCAUCAUAGACCAGGCUGCUGGGGCGCCCAAUGUAGCCCGGGCUGUUGGAGUGCCCUAUGUAGCCCAGGCUAUUGGAGCACCCAGUGUAUCCCAGGCUGUUGGAGCACCCAGUAUAGACCAAGCUGUUGGAGCGCCCAAUGUAGACCAGGCUGUUGGAGCGCCAAAUGUAGGUCAGGCUGUUGGGGCGUCCAAUGUAGACCAGGUUGAUGGGGCGCCCAAUGUAGACCAGGGUGAUGGGGCGCCAAAUGUAGACCAGGGUGAUGGGGUGCCCGACAUAAACCAGGUUGUGGCAGCCAACGUAGAACAGACUGUGGCAUCAAACGUAGACCAGACUGAAUUGCCCAGCGUAGACCUGGCUGUAGUGCCCAAUGUGGAACAGACUGUAGUGCCCAAUGUGUGCGCAGACCACAAUGCCAUAGAAACUCACCCUUGGGAUUUAAAUCAUUCUGAACCCAUUUUAGGGCCACCCGAUUCUCUAACACCUAUUCCUGUGGAACCCCUGCCUGCGUUUUCCCAUACAUUUGUCAUCCACCAGGAUCCUGAACCUUUACCUCUGCAGUUUCCAGAACAGAUGCAGCUGAAAAAAGCAGUCCAUUUAAAAAAAUUAAAUAUUCUCCGCUCACAGAAAGCAGCCGAGGGAUCUUCUCAACCAGAAGCUGUCUUGCAAAGUACAACAGAGCCUGUAUAUUCAGAGGGAAAGGUGUUGGAAGCGAGUGACAGAGGCUAUUGGGAAAAGGAAGCGGGGAGUGGGAUUUUUGAAGGCCUCCAUGAGAAUGUGGAAGCCGAGAGAGUGGAAAGCCCUCUGGUUCCAGCUGAAGACGGUAUCUCCACAAACAAACACUGUGUCUGUAAUAUAUGUGGGAAGAGAUUUAAACACCCAAGCAAUCUGGAACUGCACAAACGAUCUCAUACAGGUAUAGUAAGGCUCUUGUAAAGAAAAGGACAUCAAGUGGUGCAAGAUGGCAUCCGCCAACCCCACCAGCCUGCUCCUACUAUAUGACCAGUUACAGCAAACAGGGCAGUAUUAGGACAGUUUUCCUUUAAUACACAAGUUGCUUUUUCCAUUGAGUUUGGCUCCUUUACUCGUCUCACAGAUGCUUUAAUUCUACUUUCUAAUGUACCCUAGGUGAGAAACCGUUUGAAUGCAGCAUUUGUGGGAAGCACUUCUCACAGGCUGGCAAUCUUCAGACUCAUUUACGGCGGCACUCUGGUGAAAAACCCUAUAUAUGUGAGAUUUGUGGCAAAAGGUUUGCAGUUUCGGGUGAUGUUCAGCGCCACAUUGUUAUCCACACUGGAGAAAAACCUCACUUGUGUGAUAUCUGCGGCCGAGGUUUCAGCAAUGUCAGUAACUUGAAGGAACAUGAGAAAACACACGUGGCAGAUAAAAUAUUCACGUGCGAUGAGUGCGGCAAGUCGUUCAACAUGCACCGGAAGCUCAUCAAGCACAGAAUCCGGCACACCGGCGAGAAACCCUACAACUGCGUAACAUGUGGUAAAAAGUUUGCUGGUUCUGGUGAUUUACGGAGACACGUGAGAAGUCACACAGGAGAAAGGCCAUACACCUGCGACGUUUGCAACAAAAACUUCAGCCGUUCUGCCGUCCUUAGGCGCCACAAGACUACGCACAGCAAGGCCGGCGAGAAUGGGCAGAAUGCGCCAGAGGAACCGUCCAACCCCGCCGAAUCACCCAGUUUAGGAAAAUCUCAAAACUCUGAUACCCUGACCCCGGGCAUCUCCGAUACCUUAAUCCCAGAACCUUGUCAUUCAGUGGAAAAUACCAGAACUGAAAUUGAAAGCAGUACCACCAGUACCUACUGUAAACUGCAGGCAGUUAUGCACCAACACGAACUGAGCGAAGCCGAAAAACUGCCGGAUGAUCGGGGAAAGGUCCCCAAAGCCCAUGUUCCCGACGCCUCACACAGUUACACGUUGGCAGAGGUGGCAGUUGCGGUGACUGAAGAAAAUCUGCAUUCUGACAUUUCCCUGAUUCGCCCUUCUUUAGUAUCUCUGGAUAACUGCGCCGAGCCCGUAGGUAACCGUGCCGCCGCUAACGUUUACAAGAGCCCCGAUGCCCCCUUCUUCUCCAGCAUGACACUGUGGGGCUUGGCAAUGAAGACUUUGCAAAACGAAAGCGAGUUGGACCAGUAACAAUUAGGAAAGUCUUUUUUUUUUUUGCAAAUUUCUUUAAAAAAUGCAGUAUUUUGGUUAUUUAAUAAACAUUACAUGUGUUGCACAUGCUGUUAAUUUA